CUCGCAUAUAUUGAAUGGUUCACUCCCUUCCCAUCUGCUCCGGACCGAAACAAUGGACUUUAUAAAUUGUCAAGAUUGAUGCGAGGUAGUGACAGAUUAGCUAGUAUCGUGCCAGUGGGUGAUAUUGUGCGCAGUAUCCACCUUAUACUGAAGUUUGGAGACUCGGCUCCAUGA